UGGUUUGGAGACUUGCAUUCAAUGCCCAGCCUCGAUGACUCAGGAUGGUUUUUUCCACCUCCGCCCUGCUUUGUUAUGAUUGGGUCAGCGGAAAGACAUGAUCGAGCAGGUAAGUAUCUCAGGCUAGGUGAAAGGACCAGUGCUGAAAUCCAGUCUGUAAAUAAAAUCAUAUUCCAAUGAUCAAGUAACCAAUUGCACAAAUGGAACUGAUUCCAGCAGAUGGAAAAUUGUCAUCUUUUUAGCUGGACUGAACCCAGUCACGCUUUGCAAGACUGACCGAUAACCCAUCUUGCUCUAUAAAUCGUCAUCUCUGGAGCUGGCAGUUGUUACUGCUCUUGAACCACCUAGCUAGCUUGUUUUGGAGCCCUGUUGGGUCCUUGAAGAACCAGCAAGCGACAGAUCCCGAGAAACUUCUUCCUCGCAGCCAUGGAAGAGUACUUCUCUACCAUCCGUAAAAUGGAGCAAACCGUGAUGUUCCCCAGCCUCCUCCAAGGAGUCACCCUGGAAGAGCAAGACGAGGCAGUCAAGACGGACUCAGUUGACAAAGACCUGUAUCACUAUUUCACUCUUCUCAAAUCCAUCAAGAUGGUGGUAGAAAGUGGUUUGGUACCUCUCAACGACCAAAAUCCCAGCAUUACCGCCACGCUGAAAGAAGAGGAAAGCCAGGAGAAGAUCAACGUUGAAGGACUCUUUUAUUACCAUGUGUCCGGUUUGUACCAUGUCCUCACCAAGCUAACCAGGAAAGCCAACGCUGUGAUCUCCAAAUACGAUGAAAUCAUAGCGCAGAUCAACCAGAAUAGAACGGUUGUCUAUUGGUGAAGCAUGCGCCAUGAAAAGGAGACGGCUGUAUUUCAGAGCACGGACCUAUGUACUCCUCUCGGUCUUACCCGUGAAAGAACCAUUUAUGACCGGCACCAAAAGAGCCUGAACGCAGGGUCCAUCGUUCAGAGCUGGCCAGAGCGAACCUGAAUAACUCAAGCACUGAUGUUCUGAAAACUGCUGGCUUUGGAAUUUAUGCCUUGGUUGCUCUCGAUUUAUGGUGCUUGAAACUUGCUCGCAGU